UUAGAAGAUAUUGACCGAAUAGAAUAUUUGCUCUCUGUUCUUACUAAUGGUUUGCUUAUUAGAGUUCGAGCUGCUAUUUAUCUGUCAUUAGAUGAAUUAUGGGAAGUUCCGACGGAUAUUGCUUUAGUUGUCACAUUCCUCGAUCCAAGGUUCAAACAUUUCAAUUGGGCGACAAGCGUUGAGCAAAACAGAGUACAGAAUUUGGUGAAGACUCUAUAUGAUGAAUUAAAAAUAAACCUUGCUAUUCCGGAUGACAAUGAAGAGAAUUUGAGCGCAAAGGUUGGUUUGUUAUGUAAAUUUUGGAGCAAGUUUUUUUACGUUAUUCCUGAUCCUGCUAUAUUACAUUUGAUCAUUAAUCAAAUCAUUGGUCAAUUAUGUGCAGUCAUUUCCUUUACCAUAACCCUUCGUUUCAAUAACCUGAUCCCUUAUUUCUUGCUUGCAUGUAGAACUUUCAUCGUUCAACAG